AGUGCGUGAUAUCGUUCCGCGGGCGGGAGAUCGGCGCGGCCUUUUCCUCGCGACAGCGGCUGAUGAGAAGCAGCAGCAGCGCGGGAACUGCUCGUCUCCGGUGUAAGGCGUGGACGCGACGCGACUCUGACCCGACUCUCCCGUCAGAAUGGAGCUGAUCACAAUCCUCGAAAAAACCGUGUCUCCAGAUCGGAAUGAGCUGGAGGCGGCGCAGAAGUUUCUGGAGCAGGCGGCCAUCGAGAACCUGCCCACGUUCCUGGUGGAGCUGUCCAAGGUGUUGGCGAACCCCGGGAACACGCAGGUGGCUCGGGUCGCGGCCGGCCUGCAGGUCAAGAACUCUCUGACCUCCAAGGACCCGGAUGUGAAGACACAGCACCAGCAGAGAUGGCUGGCCAUCGACUCCAGCGCACGCAGAGAGAUCAAGAACUACGUGCUGCAGACUCUGGGCACAGAGACCUACCGGCCCAGCUCGGCCUCUCAGUGUGUGGCUGGCAUCGCCUGCGCAGAGAUCCCCGUCAGCCAGUGGCCCGAGCUCAUCCCUCAGCUGGUGGCCAACGUGACAGACCCCAGCAGCACCGAGCACAUGAAGGAGUCCACGCUGGAGGCCAUCGGAUACAUCUGCCAGGACAUCGACCCCGAGCACCUCCAGGACAACGCUAACCAGAUCCUGACGGCCAUCAUCCAGGGCAUGAGGAAGGAGGAGCCCAGCAACAACGUCAAGCUGGCCGCCACCAACGCACUCCUCAACUCACUGGAGUUCACCAAAGCCAACUUCGACAAGGAGACGGAGAGACACUUCAUCAUGCAGGUGGUGUGUGAGGCCACACAGUGUCCGGACACCAGGGUGAGAGUGGCUGCGCUCCAGAACCUGGUGAAGAUCAUGUCCUUGUAUUACCAGUACAUGGAGACCUACAUGGGCCCGGCGCUGUUCGCUAUCACGAUCGAGGCCAUGAAGAGUGACAUCGAUGAGGUGGCCUUACAGGGAAUCGAGUUCUGGUCCAACGUCUGUGACGAGGAGAUGGAUCUGGCCAUUGAAGCCACUGAGGCCUCGGAGCAGGGACGUCCUCCAGAGCACACCAGCAAGUUUUACGCUAAAGGAGCUCUGCAGUACCUGGUGCCCAUCCUGACACAGACGCUCACCAAACAGGAUGAGAACGACGACGAUGACGACUGGAACCCGUGUAAGGCUGCAGGUGUGUGUCUGAUGCUGCUGGCCACCUGCUGCGAGGACGACGUGGUGCCACACGUGCUGCCCUUCAUCAAAGAGCACAUCAAGCACCCGGACUGGCGCUACCGCGACGCCUCCGUCAUGGCCUUCGGCUCCAUCCUGGAGGGCCCCGAGCUCAGCCAGCUGAAGCCCCUGGUCAUCCAGGCCAUGCCCACCCUCAUCGAGCUGAUGAAGGACCCCAGUGUGGUGGUGAGGGACACCACGGCCUGGACGCUGGGACGCAUCUGUGAUCUGCUGCCCGAGGCUGCCAUCAAUGAGGUGUAUCUGGCCCCUCUCCUGCAGUGUCUGAUCGAGGGCCUCGGGGCCGAACCCCGCGUGGCCUCCAACGUCUGCUGGGCCUUCUCCAGUCUGGCUGAAGCGGCGUACGAGGCCACAGACGCUGCUGACGAUGAGGAAGAGCCCAGCACAUACUGCCUGUCCUCCUCCUUCGAGCUCAUCGUCCAGAAGCUGCUGGAGACCACAGACAGGCCAGACGGCCAUCAGAAUAACCUGCGCAGUGCAGCCUAUGAGGCUCUGAUGGAGAUCGUGAAGAACAGUGCCAAGGACUGUUACCCCGCGGUGCAGAAGACCACGCUGGUCAUCAUGGAGCGACUGCAGCAGGUCCUGCAGAUGGAGUCUCACAUCCAGAGCACCUCAGACAGGAUCCAGUUCAACGACCUGCAGUCCCUGCUGUGUGCCACCCUACAGAACGUGCUGAGGAAGGUGCAGCACCAGGACGCGCUGCAGAUCUCAGACGUGGUGAUGGCGUCUCUGCUGCGCAUGUUUCAGAGCACCGCUGGCUCUGGAGGCGUUCAGGAGGACGCUCUCAUGGCCGUCAGCACUCUGGUGGAAGUUUUGGGCAGUGAUUUCUUGAAGUACAUGGAAGCGUUCAAGCCUUUCCUGGUCAUCGGACUGAAGAACUACGCAGAGUAUCAGGUGUGUCUGGCUGCGGUCGGGCUGGUGUGUGAUCUGUGUCGAGCGCUGAUGGCCAACAUCCUUCCUCACUGUGAUGAAAUCAUGCAGCUGCUGCUGGAGAACCUGGGCAAUGAGAACGUGCACCGGUCUGUGAAGCCCCAGAUCCUGUCUGUGUUUGGGGAUAUUGCUCUGGCCAUUGGUGGGGAGUUCAAGAAGUACCUGGACAUUGUGCUGGACACGCUGCAGCAGGCCUCGCAGGCUCAGGUGGACAAGACGGACUAUGAUAUGGUGGACUAUCUGAACGAGCUGCGAGAGGGCUGUCUGGAGGCCUACACCGGGAUCAUCCAGGGCCUGAAGGGAGACCAGGAGAACGUGCACCCUGAUGUAAUGCUGGUGCAGCCUCGUGUGGAGUUCAUCUUGUCCUUCAUUCACCACAUCGCUGAGGAUGAGGACCGGUCCGACGGAGUGGUGGCCAAUGCUGUCGGACUCAUAGGUGACCUGUGUACAACCUUUGGCAAAGAUGUGAUGAAGCUGGUGGAGGUUCGACCCCAGAUCAACGAUCUUCUGUCUGAAGGCCGGAGGUCCAAGACCAGCAAGACCAAGACCUUAGCCACGUGGGCCACGAAGGAGCUCCGCAAGCUGAAGAGCCAGGCUUGAUCCCCGGCCGUGGAAACUCUACCAAGAAUAAUGGAAAUCAAACCCACUGAGGUUUCUUCUGUCUUUUACACAUAGAGGUCAAAGCAGAAGUGACGUGUGCGCUGAUGAGUGUCUGAGAAUGAGUGAGAGAGAGAGAGUGAGAGAGAGAGAGACAUCACACCACAUUCAGAGUUCAAUCCAGCAGCUGCCAGCGACCCACCACCUCCACCUCAUCAAGCCCUCUGACCCCUCUAAUAAACUGUUCCUGACCCCCUCGUGCUCUCUUUGAGG